AUGGCGAGCGUGGCUACUCUCACGUCCAAGCGAGGUGGCAAUCGCGGUGCGGUCACUCGACUCAUCACCAAACUUUCCGACAUCAUCACCGAUGCUACCAUGGACAGAGACCGAAAAAUCUACGAACUCAACAAGAAGUUGGAAGAUCUUCACGACAAAAUAAAGGUAGUUGAAGCCGCAGAAGUAGCAGCAGCUGCUGCUGCCUCUGCGGCUGCAGCAGCAGCUGCCAAUCCAAAUCCUCCAGCACCUACAAUCACUCCAACCAUCAACGUGACCACUGCCACCGAUUCAAGUCAUCUCCCCAAGUUUAAUCUCCCUGAAUUUGGUGGAAAUAUUCUACUCUGGAAUGCGUUCUGGGACGUAUUCGAAGUGGAAGUUCAUCUCAAAAAGAGCUACUCCAAUGCUACUAAGUUCAACUUUCUUAACUCUCGUCUAUCCGGCGACGCAAAGGCGCUUCUUCUCGGCCUCGUGCCAACCAACGACAACUACACUGUCGCCAUCGAUCUACUCAAAAAGCGUUUUGGCCAGCCGGCGAAGAUCAUCAUGGCUCACAUGCGAGCGCUAGUGGCCUUACCGAAGCCCGGAACUGACCGAGCUUCGUUAAGGAAGUUCGUGGAUUCUCUGGAGUCGCACAUCCGUGGACUCGAAGCUCUGAACAAGACGCCAGAUUCAUAUGGCGAUCUGCUCGUCUGCAUCCUUCUCGACAAACUCUCAGCUGAUCUGCGUCGUAACCUGGCACGACAAAGUGACGCCGCUGAGUGGGACCUCGAUAUCCUUCGAAAGAGCCUGCUCAAAGAAAUCGAAAUUCUCGAAGACAGUGAAAGUUCAAUCUCCCACUCAUCGGCAUUAAAACCUCCCAAAAAGACAAACGUCAUGCUCUUGGGAGCAAAGCCAUCUACAAAAGAGUUUCCCCAUCGCAAGCUCUUUUGUCCCUUUUGCACCGGAGAUCAUUGGCCCACCGACUGCGAUACAGCAAAAACUGUGGAAGAGCGAUACGACAUCGCAAAGGUAAAAAAGCUCUGUUUUAACUGUUUAAGAAGGAUGCAUCAGGCAUCAUCCGAUUGCCCAUCCAAGUAUCGCUGUCGUGUAUGCAAUCGAGCUCAUCAUACCAGUCUGCACAAAGCCGAUCCUUCUAGAGUUACUGGCGCUACUAUUCUUUCUUGGUCUCCCCCAACGUCAGUGGUGUUAUCGGCCACAGACGUUGUAGAACAAAGCUCUUUUGUAUUUUUGGAAACGGCAAUUGCCAAAGUUCAGUCACAAUUUGUCAAAUUGGAUGGCAACAUUUUAGUCGACAAAGGUGCUCAACGCACAUUCAUCACGUCAAAGCUGGCUAAAUUGUUGAAUCUACCACCUCUCAGACGUGAGAGCCUCGUUCUUUUCGGUUUCACUUCGUGCCGUGGAGUUGCCGAACACUACGACGUCGUACAAUUCUCUAUUAUCGAUCGUCAUGGAUCUCCCAUCGUUGUGCAAGCGAUCGUCAUUCCUCACAUCGUGGACCCUCUCUCCGAUCCACAUCGAGCCGAGUUGUUGUCUCUUCCCCAUCUGAAAAAGCUCAAGUUGGCACACCCAGUGUCGACAAAAUCAACUUUCGAGGUGGAUAUUCUCGUAGGUGCAGACACCUACUGGAAUAUCGUUGGUGAUCAGGUCAUCCGUGGAUCUGGCCCAACGGCCGUUGACUCAAAAAUCGGCUAUCUCAUCUCUGGACGUCUACAAUAUUCAGGUGAACAAGUCGAUCAGAAAACUGUUGGUCUGCAUAUCUCGGUGGAAGAAGCACUCGACGUCACUAAAUUCUGGAAUCUUGAGACCCUGGGAAUCCAGCCGGAUCUGGAGUCAACAAAGACAACUGAGUUUUAUCAAAAGAAUUCAGUCGAGUUUCGUGAUGGAAAAUACGUCGCGAAGCUUCCUUGGAGUGAAAAUCAUCCGCCCCUCUCGUCCAAUCUACAAGUUUGCCAAAAGCGAACGAGAGGGACCGUCAACCGACUAGCAUCAAAAAAUCCAAAUGGACUCAAGCUCUACAGCAAAAUCAUUCUAGAACAGCUGGACCGAGGCUUCAUCGAGAAGGUUCCAUCUAGUGAAAUGAGCAAGCCAUCUCACUACAUACCUCACUUCGGAGUGUUUAAAGAGUCGGCUACUACACCCCUUCGUAUUGUCUACGAUUGUUCUUGCAAAACGUCAGCUGGAGUGAGUUUGAACGACUGUCUCGAAAUUGGCCCUCCACUACAGAACGUCAUGAUGGCUAUUCUUCUCCGUUUUCGCGCACACACAAUCGGCUUGACAGCCGACAUUGAAAAGGCGUUUCAUCAAGUUGGUCUACACGAGCAGGAUCGAGAUUUCGUGCGGUUCCUUUGGCUAAAGGACCCAUACGACUCAAAAUCGGAUUUCGAGUCGUACCGUUUCCGCGUGAUUCCGUUUGGUGCCAGCAGCUCGCCCUUCAUCCUCCUGUCAGUGAUCAAAAAACAUCUACAAGAUAGUUCAUCGCUACUAGCUGACGACAUCAAUCGCAACAUUUAUGUCGACAACCUCAUCUCAGGCUGUGAAACUUCCGAAGAUGCAGUGUCUUACUUUUCUGAAGCCAACAAUGUGUUAAAAAGUGCCGGUCUCAAUCUUCAAUCGUGGGGGUCAAACGAUGACCAACUCACAGUGAGAGCAAAAAGUGAAGGAGUCGGCGACAAAUCUCAAGUCACUAAAGUCCUUGGCCUCGACUGGGAACGUGAGGAAGAUCGUCUUCACGUUCCCUGUGUUAAGCUCUCUCAUCUUUCACAUCCACAAACUUCGAAACGGGAAGUGUUGCGUGGCAUCUCAGCUACCUACGACCCUCUUGGCUUCAUUACUCCCCUCACCAUUCCAGCAAGAAUGCUCAUCCAGGAAAUUUGGAAACUCAAGCUGGAUUGGGACGAUCCCAUUCCAUUUGAGCUGAUAGAAAGAUGGAAAGGAAUCGCAACUUCCAUCGAAGACUCAAAAACUUCUUUCAAUCGCUCUUACUUCAAGACUGGAGAAAUCAAAGAGCUCCAUGUUUUUGUUGAUGCAAGCCAACUGGCCUACGGGGCCGUCGCAUAUUUUUGCAAUGACGACUCCUCUUCGUUCGUGUUCUCCAAGUCUCGCGUCGCCCCGCUGAAAACGGAGAAAAAGUUACUAACCAUUCCGCAGACCGAGUUGAUGGCAGCUGUCAUCGGAACCCGUGUCGCGUCAUCCAUUCUCAGUGCUCUCCUUCCCCUAGGCCUCAAGCCAAACUGUUAUCUGUGGUCAGACAGUCAGAUUGUGCUCUACUGGAUCCAAAAAAUGGGAAAAAUCAAGUGUCAAUUCGUCCACAACCGAGUCGAGACCAUCCGCAGUUUCACUCGAGAUACUAAUGCUUCAUGGAACUACUGUCCCACCACUUGCAAUCCGGCGGAUCUUCUAUCUCGUGGUUCUACUCUCCGUCAGUUCCUCUCUUCCGACAUCUGGCUAACCGGACCUUCGUGGCUUCCAAAGAGAAGUGAGUGGCCGUCGUGGGAGGGAAACUGCGAACCAGCGGCAGUGUUUCACCUGUCAGUCAUCACUAGUGCAUCAGCAUCCAAUACACCACCCUCCCACGACGGAGGAAUCGGGAAGAUUCUCGACAUAUCGAGAUACAAGUUCUCUUAUCUCAUAAGAGUUACCGCGAUUGUCCGACGAUUCGUUGGAAAUAUCACGCUAAAAGACAAGUCUCGAGCAAGCUGGAAGUUAGGCUACAUCACUGUUUCCGAACUGCAAGAAGCAGAAAAGGUUUGGCUUCUUGCAGUUCAAAAAUCGUACUUUACUGAAGAAAUCAACUACUGCGUGAAACCAACCGUAAAGCGUCCAGCUCUCGUUUCUCAACUGGAUCUUUUUAUCGGUCAAGAUGGCCUGUUGCGCUGCAACGGCCGUCUCUCCAAUUCUCAACUAAAGAAAGACGCAAAGCACCCUAUCCUGCUACCAAAGAAUUCUACUUUCUCCACUCUCGUCAUAGCCGCUCAUCACGCUCUGAUGAUGCACGGAGGAGUAAAAUUAACGGUGGCAUCAAUUCGCCAGCGCUAUUGGAUCCCGCAAAUCGUCCAAAGUGUCAAAAAGCGUUUAAAAAAGUGCGUCAACUGCAGCCGUGUAAGAGGACCCCCUUACACGGCUCCAAACCAUGCCCCACUUCCAGUGUCGCGUUCAUCAUAUUCUUUUCCAUUCACUGUGACCGGCAUCGAUUUCACGGGAGCGUUCACCAUACGAGGUCCCAAAGAAGCUCCAAAAGUAGACCGGACGGUCUACAUUCUACUGUUCACCUGUGCGUCUACUCGCGCUAUUCAUCUGGAAGUAGUCGAGGAUAUGACCACACUUUCCUUUCUAGACGCCUUCCGCUGCUUUGUCUCUCACCAUUCUCGCCCAGCUGUCAUCAUGUCAGACAACGCAAAAACUUUUGAGAAAGGUGCUAAGCUUUUUCAGAAGAUUUUCCGCGAUCCAAUUGCUAUACGACAGCUCUCGGACCAACAAAUCGAGUGGCGAUUCAUUCCCAAAAGGGCACCGUGGUACGGUGGCUUUUGGGAAAGGCUGAUUGGCCUUGCAAAAAGUGCUCUUUCAAAAAUUCUCGGUCGUACCAAACCUACACUCAGUGCAUUUCGAGCCCUCGUCGCCGACGCUGAAGUAGUGCUGAACGAUCGCCCUCUUGAAAAUCCGUCGAGCAGCAUCGGCGACGAAGAGUCACUUUCUCCAGCUCAUCUGAUGUAUGGCCGACGGCUCAACACACUACCCUACAGCGAAGAAACAAACGAAGAAAAGUUUGAUGCAUCAUACGGCGAAAAACCGGACGAGCUGAAGAAAGCCAUCGCCCGCCAUCAGACUCUGCUUCAACAUUUCGAAAAACGUUUUCUGGCUUCCUAUCUCCCUGCUCUUCGCGAGUACCAUCAAGCAACGAAAAAGAAUAAUCCAACAGUCAUCAAAGAAAGAGAUGUUGUUCUCGUUCACGACGACAAACCACGAAAAGAUUGGAAAAUGGCUGUCGUCGAGAAGCUCAUUCGCAGUCAAGAUGGACAGAUUCGAGCUGCCGACAUCCGCACGGCAAACGGAAAAACUAAUCGUCCCAUCUCCAAGCUCUACCCACUACAAGUUGCUGAACCGUCGGACGAUCCGGCCGCAUCGUCCGACGGCCCACUUUCGGAUCCAGCUCCGUCGUCGCCUUCUAGACCAACCCGAAAAUGUGCCGCCCAAACCAACGCAGCGAUCAAGAAAAUCUUCGAACAAGAAGACGCUGAGUAG